GCCCGGGCUUCGAGAGGUGGCCGGCUGGGUAGGAAAAUGGCGGCAGCGAGGCUGAGCGGUGGCUGUGGAGGAGGCGGGGAGAACCGCCUGGUGUCGCUGCCCCUCUCCCGGAUCCGGGUGAUCAUGAAGAGCUCGCCGGAGGUCUCCAGCAUCAACCAGGACGCGCUGUUCCUCACCGCGAAGGCCACGGAGCUCUUUGUCCAGUAUUUAGCCACUUACUCCUACAAACAUGGCCGUGGGAAAGAGAAGAGAGCCCUAACCUACAGUGACCUAUCCCAUACAGCAGAGGAAUCUGAAACGUUUCAGUUCCUUGCUGAUAUAUUACCAAAGAAGAUCCUAGCUAGCAAAUACCUGAAAAUGCUUGAAAGAGAGAAGAGGGAUGGAGAGAUGGAGGAAGAUGAUGAUGACGACGACGACCAAGAGGAAGAGAGUGAGGAGGAAGAUGCUGAAUCUUAAGGGUGUCAAACAGUUAACUUUAUAGCUAGUCUCUUCCUGCAGUAUAAAGUAUUGAUUGGCUCCCUGAUUUUUUCCAAGCUAACCCACACUGUUGAGUUUUUGGGGGGAGGGGAAGUGUUGGGAAUCCAGCUGCUGGAUUUACCUAUCAGUUUGACAGUUACUGUCUUGUUUACUUUAAAUUUGAAACAAUUGGAUAUUAGUCUGCUUGAGGGAAGGAAUCCUGCCCUUGGAUGUGGAAAGCCAGGGGAACUGUACAUACAGAUCUUGAGACAGAAUCAGCUCAAAUUAUUUUAAAAUGACUUCUUCAGACAAUCAUUAUCCAAAUAGAAACAGCCUUGUAGGCAACCCUCAGCAUCAAUUCCAAAGGCCCUGGCUCCCUCUGGCUAGAUGGGACUCCUCUUCUGCUUAACCAGUAGGGGUGUGGCACAUACUUUAUCCACAGUUCUUACUCUCUGGCAGCCAAUGAACCAAGCCAGAGAGAGAAUCUCCACCUGUUUUCUAGCAUGCUGUUCGAGCGAUACCUGUGGACCAACCCCACAGAAACUGUAAUAUGACUACUGUUGUAGUACAGUCUAAAUAACCAAGUCUGCAAGGAAUCUGGAUACAGGGAUAGACCUUUUGCAAUCCCUAGUGUCGCUCUGCAGCUUUAUUGGUGUGAAGAAGUAGAAGUGUUAGCUAAUGAUGUAAAUAUGUAUAUCUAGAUUUCCUACCCACCCAACCAGGGAGGAUUCUACUUUUGUAGUUUACUGUCUGUUGUACUCUACCUACCAACACCUGUUUGAAGUUUAUUAAAUAUAGAUUGCUCUAUGGCAAGAAAAUGAACAGUUUUUACCAUUUGAGUGGGAGACCUGGCAUAUUUUUACUACUAUAAAAAUGGAAAAUGUCCUGUGUAUUUUUUAAAAGUACUUUUUUUACAAUAAAUAUUUUUUUAAAUGUGGAAACUAAUGCAGAGACCCUUGAC